ACAUGUUGGUAAACAAAACGUCAAAGUCAAUGAAGCAUUAACACUUUACUUACAAAUAGAAGCAGAAUAUCAAGUCUGCAAGUCUCAAAGCAAUAAAGAUGAUCAAAGUCAAGGAACAGAAACUUUUGGCUGAACUGAAAGAAAUGUCUGACAAACACAUUGGAGAACUGAAGGCAGACAUAAAGUCAGGUGAGAUGUCAGUACAGAUGUACCAACAACAGGCAGAGCUGAUAGACCAGACUCUACAAUCUGAGUGUGACAUGGGUGUGUAUGAGAUGUACCAGGGAUGUGAGGCCGGUGAUGUGGAGGCUGUCGGAGUCGCUGACGUGAAGGAGAAGCGACAAAUAGCCAGGAUCAUGUUCAGACAGGACACGGACAAGCUGAGUAGAGCACUGGACGAUCUACAGCUGGGUGAGAUAGACGUCCUGUAUGAGGAUGUGCUGGACCUGAAGGCUACUCCUGUGUUACAGGACACCAUUAACGUCAGAGUAGCAGGAGAUACAUAUGGCGCAAACCUCUUUGACGUGACGGUGUUAGUGGUGAAUGAUACAGACACAGUGGUAGUCACAGACGAUAACAACAACAGUGUGAAGUCCUUCUACACCAGGAACAAGCAGCCAGGUCACAGCAGGCUCAGUGUGGGUGAUCCUCCGUGGGGUAUAACAAUGUUGAAUGACAACCAGGUGGCUGUCACUGUGCCGGAUACCAGAGAGAUUGUAACAGUACAAGUCAACCCUGACCUGGUGCUGCUGUCAACCAUCAAAACCAGCAAACACUACUACGGUAUAACGUCUCUGACACCAUCAACACUCGCAGCAAGUUCCAUCUCCCCUCCCUGUGUUGAUAUCCUGGGUAUGACGGGACACGUGCUGAAGUCAUUAUGUCCAGGCCAACCAAGUAGAUACAUCUUGAAGAUUCCCACCUUCCUCUGUACCACGAGGACAGGAAACAUCCUGGUGUCUGACUGGGGAUCCACGUGUGUCGUGUGUCUGACUCCCGAGGGAGACGUGGUGUUCACCUACAGCCCUACAGGAGACACAACACUGAAGUAUCCACACGGUAUCACAAGUACCAGCACAGGCGACAUCCUGGUGACAGACCACCAUCUACACAGAGUCCUCCAUCUGACUGAGUCAGGGCAGUUUGUUAGAAACAUACUGACAUCACUGGAUGGUGUCCAGUAUCCACGUGGAGUGUGUGUUGGUGGGCGUGGCCGUAUGUACGUGUGUACACCAGAUGGAGUGAAGGUAUUUACAUGUAAGUGAGUGAACAUGUCACAAUUCUCCUUUCAAAAAACUAUAGUCACGUCUUUGUUGGGGGAUUUAAGUGUAGUGAUAUGUGUCAUUGUGUAUUUACCUGUAAGCACCUUUCACUGUAUUGGGUAAAAUCAAAUUCUACGUUUGUGUUGAAGCUCUCAUCUUAGCCUUACUAUUUGAAUGUGAUGAAUGAAGAUUUAACUUGUUUACACAUUCUUCGUGUACUGCUCGCAUUGAGAUCUAUUCUGAGCAUUGUCUAAUUUUAUAUAUUAUGAACUUCGGAUUAAAGUUGAUCAAUUAUUUCAGAAUACCAGAUCAUCCGUAUGAUGUGUUUUUCCUGUUUGUAAUCAUAACGCGAGUGCAACACCGAGUUAAUCCUUCGGUGUUAUAACUAGAGGUGGUGUAAGCUAUGGUUGUGUAGGAUUGAUAUUUACAUGACACUUAUCCUUGCUUGCUAUGCUGAGAACAAUAAGCAGAAGAUGGGACGAAUGUAAGUAAAAUAUGAGCCUCAGUGUUCAACAGAAUCACCUGAAACUACUAUUGUACAUAUAUACAUUAAAUGUACUGAUUGUUUUGGUAGCUUUACUGAACUGUUUC